AUGGCGGCGGCGAGCCCACCUGUGCGCGGGGCGCGCCUCCUCUCCCUGGGGCUGCUGCUGCUGCUGCCGCCCCUGCUGCCGGCCCAGCCGCGAGGCUCGCCCGGAGGGGUGGUGCGGGUCCCCGUCUCCGACCCGGACGUGCAAGUGGCGGCUGCCUUCGCCGUGGAGGCUUACAACAAGGCCAGCCCCAGCUCCUUGUACAGGCGGGCGCUGCGGGUCCUGCUGGCGUCUCACCAGAUCGUGGCGGGAAGUUUGUAUUAUCUAACGAUUGAGCUGGUGAACACUAAGUGUGAAAAGAAUGAGAGGGCGCGGCUGACGCCAGCAGACCUGGAGCGAUGCCCGUUGCCCCCAAAGGCAGAGCAACAGAAAGAAAUCUGCACAUUUCAGGUCUGGACUCGUUCUUGGCUAAACGACAUACGUUUGACACACAUGAGCUGCGAAUAGGCUAUUUCCAGGGUCUCAAGUCUGGCUGCUAUUGAGAAGUGCC